AUGAUGGAACCCUCUGAAGACUCAUUUGAGACGAUGAUGGAGCAUAAGAAUCCAUCAUCAAAACAAAUGGAGUCCUCCGAGGGCUCAUCCAACACCACCGUGGCGACAUCGGGCAGCGGAGUGCAGGAGGCGAAGGAGCCAGCCAGUGGCCCAGCCCGGGAAAAAAGAGAGCCACCCAGUGGCUCACUCCAGGAAAUGGAAGAGCUGCCCAUUGAUCUACUCCAAGACAUGGAGGAGCCAUCCAGUGGCCCACAUAAGGAAAUAGAGGAUCCACCCAAUGACCUACUCCAAGACAUGGAGGAGUCAUGCGAUGGUGCACGCCAGGCAAUGGAGGAGCCACUCAAUGAAGCAUCUGACAGAAUGAAAAAAGCAUCAGUAAACUCACGGGGAGCCCCAGAAGAGCAAGAGGGCAACGCUGACCUGAAAGAGUCGGGAAGGGCAGAGAAUCCUGAAGAAGUGCAAAACCAGACCGAGCGCUCUACCACGGAAAUCAUGGGCAUGAUGAGGUCCAUCAUCUCGCUGUACUUCCGAAUGGAAGACCUCAAAGAACAACAAAGAGUAGCAGAAGAGAUCAUGGUAAGAGGGAUCAAUGCAGGCCAACUGCCCACCCCAAAACACUUUUCUGGCGACCGCAGAGAAUACCACGAGUUCAUUGUGCUCUGCCAACUGAUCUUACAAAGCUGCCCAAGAAUGUUCUACAGUGACCGCCUGCGAGUUAGAUAUGUCAUCAGCCACCUCUCUGGGUUGGCCUUAGAAUGGGCCAAUGCUCUGCUGCAGGCAAACAGCCCCCUGAUUGGAGAUUUCCCAGGCUUCCUGGAGGCCAUGUCAGAGGUGUUUGAGUACCGGCAGGCACUGCGUGUGGCAGAAGAGGCCAUGUUCAAUAUCAGACAGGGGAAUCGCUCCACCACCGAGUACAUCAAUGAGUUCCAGAGCCUGGUGCCCACCUUAGGCUGGCCAGAUGAAGUCCUGCAGGCCCACCUGUGCCAGGGGCUCAACGAGGAUAUCAGGCAUUAUCUAUUUCGGGUCCCUCAGCCGGAUUCCCUGGAGAAUCUGAUUGUGCUCAUCCUGCAAAUAGAAGAAAAGCUGGCAGAGAGAAGAGCCAUGCUCAGGCUGCCCCCUGAGUCCCGCCCACGGAACCUGACCUGGAUCGACUCACCUGCUCCAGAGAGGUGGAUGGUUAACAGCUGGCUGCCCAGCGAAGUCCAUCCGGACAUCAAUCGCGCCCAUCUCUUCCUGUUGCUCUUGGUGAGAGUGAACCCCUACCACAGUGUGGCGGUCCAGGCCCUGGUCGAUUCCGGAGCAGAAGGCAACUUCAUGGAUGAGAAGUUUGCCCAAGAGCACUAUGUUGAGCUCUACGAGAAGCCCUACCCACAGUCGAUCCAAACCGUGGACGGCUCACUGAUUGGCGACGAACCUGUCUGGCUCUACACUGAACCCCUGGUGUGCAUUCACCAGAACCACCAGGAGUCCAUCGAAUUUGACAUCAUACCUUCACCUAACUUCUCCGUGGUCUUAGGCAUCCGCUGGCUCCGAGUCCACGCCCCCGAAGUUGACUGGGUCAAAGGUCGCUGCACCUUCCACUCUCCCUACUGCCUGAAGAACUGCUUCCGCCCACCGCCCCCAUGCAUCGCGCUAGAGAGACACGGCAUGAGCCUGCUCCCCGGACUGCCACACCCAUACUCAGACCUGGCCGACGUGUUUAACCCGAAGGAAGCAGAUGAUGAGACUUCCGACCAGCCAAGCUCAGACGGAUCCGAUGAUCUUUCUGAAUCAGAGCCCUCUGAGCUUCAGCAGGCUGGAGACAGUGAUCACAGCGAGAUCUACUACGAAUGUUCCUCGACCGCGCCUUGGGAACCUGUGGGUGCCGGGAUGCAAGAAAGAGCCAGGCUACAAGAUGAUUACUGGAACCUGCAGGACAUGCUGACCGACAAACAGGACUACACACAGAUGAUUCCGGAACUGUUUGAGCAGUUACACGGAGCUGCAUGGUUCACAAAACUGGAGCUGCGGGGGACCAUCGUGGAGGAAAGCGUGAACGUACACCGAACAGAAGAUGAAUGGAAAGCAGCGUUUGGUUUGGAGCUUCAAGACGACAUGAAGAGCUACCAGCCCUUUGCGCUGUCCCCAGACCCUAUCAUACCGCAGAGCGUGAUUCACUUCAUCCUAAAGGACAUGCUAGGUUUCUUUGUGCUGUCUUAUGGUCAGGAGGUCCUGGUCUACUCAAUGAGUCAGGAGGAACACCUCCAACACGUCCGCCAAGUCCUGGUCCGCUUCCGGCAUCACAAUGUCUACUGCUCCCUGGACAAGAGCCAGUUCCACCGCAAGACGGCGGAAUUCCUGGGAUUCAUCGUGACCCCCAAAGGGGUGAAAAUGAACCAGAGCGUCAUGAGCAUCAUAACAGGCUACCCUAGCCCUGGCUCCAGGAAGUCCUUGCAAAACGUCAUCGAAUUCGUCUUCCCCUAUCGCCACUUCGUGGACCGCUUUGCCAUCAUCGCAGAGCCCCUCGUGCGGCAGCUGCUGAGCACCCAAGAGUUCUACUGGGGGGAUGAGGAGCAAGAGGCCUUCGAGUGCCUGAAGAGGGCUUUCCGCAAGGCGCCCCUUCUCCACCACCCCAAGCCCCAGAACCCAUUCUACGUGGAAACAGGCAUCACCGGGUCGGCCCUGCAUGCCUCCCUGAUCCAAAUAGACGACCAAACUGGUAAGCGAGUGGUCUGCGCUUUCUACUCCCGCACCACCUCGCCUAUCGAGGACGAGUACUCUCAACUGGAGAUGAAGAUUCUUCCAAUACGGGCUGCCUUCAUGGUGUGGUGCCGCUACCUGGAGAACACCGAGGAGCCCAUCAUGAUCCUUCUCAACACAGAGGAUCUAGCCUCUCUGAAUAAUGACAGGCUCACCGUACUUCUCCCCGGGCAUUGGGUCUUCUUCUUCUCUCACUUCAACUUUGACGUCAUGGAGCUGCCAGAACAAGAUGGCAGCCGACCUCUGCCACCCCUGAGAAACUGCAGGCAAAGAGCUUUCCGGAGAGCCGCCGCCACUCGGCCCCUCCUGCUUUUUGCCACAAGAGAUCAAACGACAGAAUCCGGGGAAGAAGACGGUGAAGACACACCAGACCAGGAUGAGCUACAUGAGCAGACCCUCCUGCAAGAGCUCCUGGCUAUGAUACCGAUUGACCAAAUACUCAACAGCUUCCUGGCCCAUUUCAGCAGGGCCCAGAUAAGGGCAGUCAUUCUGCAUUUCUUCCGAGGCCUGCUGUACUGGAAGAACGUCCUGGCCCUGGCAGCCGUCCUGGUGCUGCUGAAGGUGCGGCAGCGCCCCUCCCUGCUGCCAGUGCCCGCCAUGCAGGUGGCUCGGCCGCAGCCACGGCGCUCCCUACGGCUCAUCCUGGACUCGUCCCUCAUUGCGGGCAGUGGCAUCGCGACGGCCAUCGCUCAGCUGCUCACCCAGAUGCCCCCUCUCGUGGGCGCUAACGCCGUCUCAGCCCGGGAGCUGGCAGAGCUGUUCCUGGGCCCUGGCCGCUGGCAGCGAAAUGCCCUGCUCCCCCAGACCAACCGAGGCCUGCAAUUCACCCCUGGGUUCUGGCUGACGCUGUGUGAGUUCUUCGGUGUCACAGUCACCGGCCCAGAGGGCAGGCAGCCCACCCCACGUGAGAACCGGUACUUGGAGCUGCACGUCGUUGGUGAUGAAGAUGUCGUCUUGCGAGAAGCCCUGCAAGACGACCUGCAACGUUACCGUCAGUGUGGCCUGCAUGACGGCCUGCAAGACACCUCGCAGGACGCGCAGGAAAACGACGUGCAGGACAUGCCCACCGGCGUGGCCGCAGCCACCGCCAGCCCCCCACUCCGCCCACGAAGUCUGCUGGACCCCGAGGUCCUCGACUUCCUCAAUAACCGCCUGCUCUACAUCCACAGCGCCGACGGCCAGCUCCACCUGCUCAGCCGGGAGGAGGUGGCCCGGGCCCUGAGCCGAUUCUUGACCAUGAUCCAAAGGCAGGCCCCACCCGCCAGCGGGGGAGCGACCCUGGAAGAGCUGCCCGAUGAUGACGGAGAUGCUGACCUCGACUGA